UUUAGCAGGGUGAGCGAGUCUUUGCGGGCGAUGGAGAACGGAGCGGUGUACAGUCCCACCACCGAGGCGGCCCCAGGCCCUGGCAGGGGCGCGCGCAGCGGCCUGGCCGCCUACUUCUUCCUGGGCCGGCUCCCUUGGUAUCGGCGCAUCCUCAAGGGCUUGCAGCUGCUGCUGUCUCUCCUGGCCUUCAUCUGUGAAGAGGUGGUGUCCGAGUGUGGCUUGUGUGGAGGCCUGUACUUCUUCGAAUUUGUGAGCUGUAGCGCCUUUCUCCUGAGCCUCCUCCUGCUGAUUGUGUACUGCACACCAGUGCAUGACAGAGUUGAUACUGGAAAAGUCAAGUCGUCGGAUUUUUACAUCACCCUGGGAACAGGGUGUGUGUUUCUGCUGGCAUCUAUUAUUUUUGUCUCUACCCACUCUGGGACCUCAGCCGAAAUUGCUGCAAUUGUGUUUGGCUUCACAGCAAGCUUAAUGUUCCUACUGGACUUCGUUGUCAUGCUGUGUGAGAAGCUGCGGGAGAACCCACUGAGAAAGCCCGAGAACAACGCCAGGGCCGAAGCCCUCACCGAACCACUGAAUGCUUAAAGACGUGGAGCGGGGGCUGUGGACCCAAAGAGAGGCUCCCUCCUUGUGACCUGUGUCAUUUGUGCACCUUUUGGAGAGAAGGGAAGGGGCAGGAGAACGGCUUCGCAGCGCUGGGCUGGGUGGCAGCCCCAGCAGUAAGCUGAGAGGGCUUUUAAUAACUGUUGGAGCCUGUCUCAAGUGGAGGAGGUUUUGUUGCUUGUUUGUUUUGUUUUCAGAGAUGAAGACUGCUGUCUAUUUAAUUGAAUGUCUAUCAUUUUGCUUCAGGAUGCCCCUCACCAGGCUUAGCUUCCAGACCUUGCCUUCUCCGUCCUUUCAGGAACUGGUUAAUUUCUGUUCUGUUGCUGGAGAUUUAAUUUGUGUUUGAGAUGCUGGUGUAGGCUUCUUUCCUUAAUGUUAUGAUCCUCUACUGUAUCUUGCUCAGCCUUACACUUGUGUGCUAACCUUUUAAAGCAAUUAUUCUUAAUUCCUUCUGAGCCAUGCAUUGCUUAACAGAAAACCUGUGGGCUGGUGCUGUUUAUGUGUAUGAAAGAAACAGUAUCAUCAGCCUUUGGUGGCUUUUACAUUGCACUUUGGUUGUUGAGAUUAAGUUUAGAAGUAAACGAGGUUUGUUAUGGAACACAGGGAAGUAAGGAAACCGAUAGUCUAUCUAAAGACCAAAGAGAGAAGAGACCGUCCCGCACAGCGGGUGUAAUCACACAGAUAGGCCUUGACCACUCAGACAUGUGAAGGGUUGGUGCUGUGCAGACAAACAGAGUUGAUGACAUCAGACUGGAGACUGUGGGUCUCCCUCUGGGCAGAUGGUUGUUUCUGCUCCAGUGAACACAGCUCUGCAUGCUUCUCUUCAGAGGCCUAUGCUGGGCGCUCUCUCCAACUGGGAUGCCUCCUUUCUGAACUUUCUCCAGAAUGGACCCAUGCAGUGUACUGUCUGAAGGCCAGCACUCACUCUUAUUCUCCAUUCUCCUCCCAUUGUCAGCCAUCCCCAGGCCAUCCAGAGUUGUGUCCCUUCUCAUCACCAAGAGUCUGAGGCAGGAGUAUCAGGUUUGUGUCCCCACAGGCCUCUGCCUGGGUUUCUCUCCAGGGGAGGUGUCCUGAGGAAUUGAAUCCCAGAAACCCUGCUAGUGAGCACUGCUGGUGGUAUAGGGAAGCUGCAGACUUCCUGAGACUUUGGAAGGAUUGCUUGUUGCUGGAAGGCUAUCUUAGAGCCACUGGGCAGCCUUCUGAUUAAGGGGCCCAUUCUUCCCUUCUUCCUAGAGUUUGACAGAGACUCAGGAAUAUCAAGGCCUUCUGUGAGCUGGCGAAGGUUUCCCAGGCCGGGGUCUCUCUCUGAAGUGGUGCGAUCAUGUUCUAAGGAUUCACUGUAAAGUCCCCUCCUUUCCAGGGUCUUGUCUGCCGUUGUGUGUGGAGGAUGGUUUCAGUUUCUUGAGUCAGCCGGUUGCAGUUCUUGGAAGUGGAUAAAUCUGGGCACACAGCUUCUGCUCUGUUCCUUCCUCACUGUGUGAUCUGCCGGCCUCACGGUUUACGUGCUGGUGAUGUCACCACCGCCACUUUGGAGAUCAUGAAAGUAAUCAUGGAUGUUGCCUUACUGGGCAUGCUAUCACAGAGAGGGGACAGUAGGCUCUUGAAACCAAGAAUAGAAAAAUUCAAAAGUAACCAGUUUAUUGUAAACAAUUGUAGAGUUUUAUAUCAAGCUGUGCUGUAGUCACUGUAAAUGUCAUUUAGACCUAUUGAGAAUUAACAGCAAAUCAGGGCUAUGUUAGUGUUACCAACUAUUAGUCUGUUGACUGUUACUAUAACAAAAUACCUGAGACAAUCAACUUAAAAAGAGGAAGGGUUGGGGAAAGGGUUAAUCUUGGCUUACAGUUUUGGAGGCAUCGGCCCUUGGUCAGACCUGUUGUUUUAGACAGCAGAACAUCAGGGGAGUUUGUGGUAGAGCUGGAAGCAAGGAAAGAAGGGUGGUGACUUAAGGUCCCGAAGUCUCUUAAGGGCACGCCCUCACUGACCUAAGACCUCAUAGGCCCCACCUCUAAAGGUUUCCAACCUCAAUGGUGACAUCCUGGAGAACUCGUUUCUAACUCGCAGUCCUUUGGGGACAUUGCAUCUCAGUGGUAGGCACCUCUCUGCCUGUGUUUGGCUUGUUCAUGAUUGACAGACACACUCUGACCUGCUCCACACAUGCUCAGCAUCGAGUUGUCCCACAGCUGAGGGCUCUGCCUCGGCUACUUCAGGCUUUUCUUUUAGGAAGAUCAUUUGGUCACCUGUGUCUGUGGCCACUCUUAGAACUUUCUCUUUGGGGCAACCUGUGACUGACUGGCGUCUGCAUUCUGUGGAGGGAGCUGGUAUUAAAGACUAGCACCAAGCCCCCUCCAGAAGAACUGGGACCAGAGACCAUCAGCACAGAAAGGACAAUGUCUUUUUUAGUAGCUGUGGCAGACUUGAGUUGCUGUAAUUUAUACAAAUUGUUUAGAAUGGUUUUUAAUACAUAGAAGGGAAAUACACUUACUGCACAAGUCUUUUAUAAUUACUAUACUUAAAUUAUGCUUUAUGUGGGGACCGGGAAAUGUAUUUUUACAUUGCUUAUAUCUGAUCACUUUUGUAUUUGUUGAUUUAAAGCCUGUGGGUCUUUUUUUUUUUUUAUCACUCUUAAUAUCAACUUUUAUAAUCUUUUAAAAUAAAUCCUCUUAAUUCCA